AUUGCGUCUGUCCGGGAAGUCCAAGGGGAGCGACCAUAUUCAGAUACUACUUCUGAUUGUUUGUCCAACAACAACAAAAACAGCACAAGUUGUAAGAUGGAGGUCAGCGCGGAGGCCAAGCGGGUCAUGGUGGUGGCUUUGGGGAAACUCUACAGCUCCCGCAUCCAGCGAGGGGGUCUCCGUCUCCACCGGAGCCUUCUGCUCACUCUGGUGAUGAAAUCCGCCCGGGACAUCUACCACGCGGCCCAGGCGACCGCUGAGAGCGUGGCGUCGGACUGGGAGGUAGAGGAGCAGCAACCCCCCGCGGGGGAGAUGAGCACGGAGCCCAGCGGCGCCCAGGACCUCCUCGCCGCUCGGACUUCAGCCGUGGAGGAGGCCGCGGGACCCUCCGAGGAGGAGGAGGCGGCGGCGGCGGCGAAGCUGCGUACCGGCGCGGAGGACAAGGAGAACCAGCGGCCGCCCGGCCCGCCUCAACACGCCCGGAAGCGGCGGGGCAAAGCGGCGGCGGAGCCGGACUUUCUCCCCUGCAAGAAGGCAAAACUUGAGCAGGGAAACAGCCCGCAGCCGCUCGUCGUCAGCUCCGUGCUGGUGGACUACGUGAUGUGCGGGAGUGAACUGGGCACGACGACCCCAACCCCCAUUCCGAUACAGAGAGCCAUCGCGGCGUGUUGAGACCGCACGUUACACGGAGUUGGAAGUUUCUUUUUUUUUUUCCCUUUACCAAGGCGGGACUGGAAGCUUGAACAGUCCCCACUGUGCGCCUCUUCCCCCCCCCCUCCCCCCGGUCGGGAGUUUCGGGCGAAGGACUGAGCAAAGUGCGCCCUGAAAGUCCGAGAAAUGACUGUGAGCAACGCUGGGAAUUUACGCGGAAGUGGCCGAGGAAACGCGCAGUCGUCCCACUGACUUUUGGCCUAAUUCCGAGUUUACCGGGCCGGAGGCGGAACUUCAGAAAGUCCUGGGAAAACAAGCCUGGCUGCCUUUAUGAACAUUUCACACACACUUUCCGUUUAAGGACUUUGUUUCUCAUCAUUUCGCCUUGUUUAUGUCUACAUUCUGAAUGAAGAUGAUACAUGUGUUCAAGUGUACAGCAUUCUCAAUGGUUACAACUACCUCAGUAUUUAUUAAACAUUUUUGU